CCCAUUGUUCCCUCUCCUUGCUCGUCGGUCUACGAGAACACCAUUUCGAACUAUGACAGUUGUUGAUCGCUCCGGUACUGACUGGACCCCCUGGCCCCGGCUUGCAGGCGUUCCCAAGCGUCUGCAAAUUGUCGGUGGCGUCGCUGCCAUCAUGGGCGCAGCUGGUGUCUUCUUUGAGUGGCGUCGAAGGGUUGGAGGACCACUCCCAUCAACCGUCACAAAGGAAUGGCAGGAGGCCACGGCGAAGCGUAGUGAGGCUAUGCCGAUGGAGUCGAACGCUGACCCCGUAGUUCUUAACCCGAUUACUAAGUCUAUCCAGAAGAAGUGA